UUGACGUUUGGUGUGUUUACGCAUUUUUAAACUUAUUUUUUUAUUAAAUAUUUCACAUUUAAAAUAAAUUCCUGAUUUAUAAUCUCACUUAAACAGUUAUGUAAUAAUAACUUUUCAUUAUCAAAAUCUCAUAAAUCCUUCGAAUCUCCACUUAUAGGACACGAUGGCACAAAAUUCCGCUUUAGUUAUGAGAUUGUUGGCUUCUUCUGUUGUGGUCGCUAAUCGUGCCGGUAAAAUAAUUCGAGAUGUAAUGAGUAGAGGGGAUUUAGGAAUUGUUGAAAAGGGUAAAAAUGAUUUACAAACUGAAGCAGAUCGUUCAGCCCAACGUUGUAUAAUAGCAUCGUUAUCACAACAAUUUCCUGAUAUAGCUAUAAUAGGAGAAGAAGGUACUCAAAAUCCGGAAGUACCAAGCGAUUGGAUUGUUACUGACUCCGAUCAUUCAAUCUUAUCAAUGCAAUGUCCUAAUGAUUAUAAAAAAAUUGAAACUAAAGAUGUUGUAGUUUGGGUUGAUCCUUUAGAUGGAACUUCGGAAUAUACACAGGGUUUUCUAGAUCAUGUUACUGUACUUAUUGGUCUCUCGAUAAAGGGUAAAGCUUUAGGAGGUGUUAUCCAUCAACCGUACUAUAAUUAUAAAGUGGAACCUGAAUCUACAGGUCGCACAAUUUGGGGUUUAGUUGGUUUAGGAGUUGGUGGUUUCCUCCCACAACAACCACCACAAGGAAAAACGAUUGUAACAGUUACACGUUCCCAUUCAGACGCGUUAGUUCAAGCAGCUUUAGAAGCUUUGCAUCCAGAUGAAACUAUACGAGUUGGUGGAGCUGGAAAUAAAGUUUUGUUGUUAAUGGAGGGAAGAGCCCACACAUAUGUUUUUGCUAGUAAAGGUUGUAAAAAAUGGGAUACUUGCGCUCCAGAAGCGGUUUUAACAGCAAUGGGAGGAAAAUUAACUGAUAUCCAUGGGUCUUCUUAUAAUUAUGAAAAGACUGUUGAGCAUCCAAAUAGUAGGGGUGUUUUGGCAACAGCUAAAGGGGUUGAUCACGAAAGUAUACUUAAAAAAAUACCUGAAUCAGUAAAAAAUAAAUUUCCUUAAACAAAUUUUAAAAUAUUUGUGUAGAGAAAUAAUUAAAAAAUACAAUCAAAUGCAAAUUAGAAUACAAAACAGUAUUCUUUUGAUAGUUUUAAGUAAAAUAAAAAUGUUUAUAUUUCAAUGUAUAUUUGUGAUGUAGAAACUAAGAACAAAUAUUUUAUUGAAACUAUUUAAUUGACUAAG